GGUGUGCUCAUUUAAAUACGCUAAUGAGACCGCAGACACGCUCGAGCACAGACAGGUCGGAGACAUACUGACGGACGUGAGCUUAUAUGAAUCAUAUAUCUUUAAAGAUUAUACAUGAGUGACUCAAAGCAACAAGACACCGAAAACGUCUCUCCGCCUGAAUGGCCAGAAAACGGAGGAGACUGGAGCGCAGAGGAGGGGGUGGACACGGGAGGAUUACUCCAGGAGAUGGCGGAGGAGGAUGAAACCAUCGAUCUUUACAAUGAAGAGACUUUUGGCAUGGACAUGGAGGAGGCGGGAGGGGGUCCCACCAACUCUCUCCUCCAGUUCAAGCCGCCUCCACCUCCCCCCCUGCCGCCCGCCUCGCCUCCCCUCGCCUCCCGGUCGCCCUCUCCCCCCAGGCCCCAGCACCCGCCAGGCCUGCAGGGCAGAAGCUGGAACCAGCCAGGGUGGAGAGGCUGGAACCAGCCAGGGUGGAGAGGCUGGAGCCAGCCAGGGGGGAGAGGCCGGGUGCAGAUGUUUGAAGACCCGGCGGUGAUGAGGACAGUGGAGGGGCGGCCUAGCCUGAAGAGUCUGGACAGCGCCAUCCUGGACUGUGGGACCACCUCCCGCUGGGAUGCUCUUGAUCCAGACGCUUGGAUGUUACCAUCUUACAGGAGUCCCAGACGUACCCCAGGCCUGAUCCUGCAGGACAACGCCAUCGUGUGUGUGAUCGACCGAGGCUUGCAGGCGCCCUACCUCCUCCCGUCCACCAGGGGCAGAAGAGGGAGCCCCAGAGGGCCGUUUGGCCUCAGGUGCCCUUCUCAGAUGUCUCCUAUGAUGCACGGCUCUCCCAUCAUCACCCGGCGACCUUUGAGCCCGCAGCAGUACUCCAACCAGACUGUAGACUUCCUGUCCCCGGCCAGCCGCCCCUGCCCCUCCACUCCCAAGAUGGUGCAGCUACGCUUCGGCGCCAACUCACCCAGACCCUCCCCCUUCUACAGCCCCUCAUCCAAUCCCCUGCAGCGAUUCAGGUUCCCAGGUCCAGUCACUCAGCUCCACCCACAGCACAGGCGUCUGCUGAGCCAACGACAGCAGAGAUCUCAGAGGAAAGCAGACGGCUGGGACCCCUACUGUCAUCUGAUGUCCCCAAAGGAGAAGGACUGGAUCAUCAGGCUGCAGAUGAUCCAGCUGCAGAGCGAGAAUCCUCACCUGGACGACUACUACUACCAGGAAUAUUACCGGAGGAUGGAGGCCAAGCUGGCGGAGGAGGAGCUGGGGCUCCGGGGGAGCAAGAGAGACCCUCCCAAGCUGACCACGCCCUACGUCACCAAGGCUGACUCCUACAUGCCAGUGCUGCACAUCGAAGGCUCCUUGGGUCAAGUUGCCGUGUCGACGUGUUACUCGCCUCGACGGGCCAUCAAUGCCGUCCAGGCCCACUCUCCCAGCGAGGAAGUAGCCCCUGCACAGGAACACAAGGACAUCAGUCAGCAACGUCUGGAGGUCCUCAAGAAGAUCGAGAAGCUGUUCGUGGUCAUGCUGGACGUAGAGGAGGCCCAGAGGUUAAAGAGUGUGGUGCUGGGGGAGGCGGAGGAGAGGAGGCUGGUGGAGAAGACCCAGAGGAAGGUGGAGCAGCUCUACUCCCAGCUGCAGCACCCUGACGCUCUGGAGGCGGGGGAAGAGUUCCUUCCUGUUCUCCUGGUCUCCAAGGGGAAGCGCCUCCUGGCACGACUCCUCCCCUUCCUGUCCCAUGAUGCCGCUCUGCACGUCCUGCGCGUGGUGACUGCUCACCUGCCCGUCCUGAUGAGCAGGGACUCUGACGAGGCUCUGCCCGUGUUGUACCCCGCUUUCCGUUCUGUGAUUGGAGGCCUGACCUUCAGCCAGCUCAUCGGCGUUCUCAGAAACCUGACGUCGUCCUCUAAGAACAGCGAGAGCCUCACGCUAGCCUGUCGGAACAAGUUUGGGCUGUCCCUGCUGUACGCGCUCCUCUCCCAGGGAGAACGGCUGCUGUCCUCAGACCUUCCCCUGGAGCCCAGCCUCGGAGACUUUGAGACCUGGACAGACACGGUCUUCCAGGUGGCCUGGCAGCUAUCCCAGAGUGCCCUGGUGGAGCCUCUUCUUCUGCCCUCCAACCUGCUCACCCUCUUCUGCCGCUACCUGGACAAGCGCACCGUCCACCAGCUGAAGAGCAACAUAGAAUCUGCCACUGGCGUCAUGGCUCUCGCGUCCUAAAGAGGGCGCUCUUCCGACGUAGACGAGCCAGUUGUGAGGAUGUGAACUGAAGCAGGAUGGACGAGGUGUGAAGAACAUCAUCAUGCUACCGAAACCUUGUGCUGCUUGUAUGACGAUGCGUUUUCAAACGCAUGAAUGUGAUUUAUUUUCUCUUUUUUUUUCCUCCCCUCGUCCCCCUCACUUUUGAGCACGUUCUCUCAGAUCUGUUUCCUUUUCAUUUAAUUUAUCCUUCUACAUGUCUUGUUAGGCACAAGUACUGUAACACACAUCUGCCCCCAAGCCAGUAGAAAUGUGUUGUAAAUAAUCCAAGCCAAUGCAAGUGACAAGAAGGUGAGUCUUGAUAUGCCCACCAGAGGGCACUGAGUCUCCUAGCCUCAACUCCUCCACUUUCCACGAAGAACAGAAUCAUUCAGGGAAAGUGUGUUUCACUAGACUACCUUUUCAAAUGUAUUUAAGUUGGUCGCCUAUCAAAAGACUUGGGAUACUUAACUUAAUCUUGGAGGAUUGUAUUGUAGUUUGUUGCUCUUUUGAGGUGUUAGAGGUUCACAUUAUGUACAGCAAAUGUAGUAUUUUUGUAAAAACUAAUUAUGACUUGACCUUCAGGAAUGUACAUUCAAAUUUGGGUUCUUUUGUAAAAGAAAAAAAAUAUAUGGUUUCCCAAGUGUACAUUCUCCGAUGCAUGUUGUGUAUAUUCAAGGCUUUAUUUCUAUGUUUUAGUUGUAUCUUUCAUUUAAGUUGGAAGCAGAUUCAAUAUAAAAUGCACUCUUGUAAAGCACUUGCAACAAAAUAAAUAAAAUAUCAC